GUCACGGAGGAGUGAACCAGCUGGGCGGCGUGUUUGUCAACGGUAGACCCCUUCCAGACCUGGUCCGCUCAAAGAUUGUAGAGCUUGCCCAGUCCGGCAUCCGGCCCUGCGACAUCUCUCGACAGUUGAGGGUCAGCCAUGGCUGUGUCAGCAAGAUUCUAGGAAGAUAUUAUGAGACCGGAUCCAUCCGCCCUGGUGUCAUAGGCGGAUCCAAACCAAAAGUGGCCACGCCUAUGGUGGUGAAAGCUAUCACUAAAUACAAGGAGGAGAACCCGACCAUGUUUGCUUGGGAGAUACGAGACAAGUUGCUAAGCGACGGCGUCUGCUCUAAUGAAAAUGUUCCAAGUGUCAGUUCUAUUAAUAGCAAGAUUCUUUGUGUAGCUGUAACUUUCAGCUUGCAGCCAGUGGGUGCGAAAGGAAGAGGAGAACGGGAAGGGCAGUACGAUGUGUCUGCAAUUAGUGUGUUCCCCGUCGAUCACUCUCUACAACAUGUGAUAGUUAUGUCAUCAUCACAACCUGUACAUUCGCACAUGUCUCUUUGUGAUUCUGUAUUUUACUUCAACCACCACCCCCUCCCCACCUUUUCUCUUAAAAACAAGUUUAUCGAUGCAAAUUCUGUAGUGUGCAUGUGA